AUGUUCGGUUGUUUUAGUCUAGUUAGUAUAGUGAAAGCGAGUUUCCUCCAACACCAUCCUGCAAAAUUCAGUGGAAAAUGCCUUCCUGAUGAGGCGGACCAGUGGCUGAGGGAUAUGGAGCGUAUUUACAAUGCUAAGAGGUGUUCGGAUGACAACCGGUUAGCCUUUACAGAAUACUUGUUGACCGGCGAAGCUAGCCACUGGUGGACGAGCAUGAAAGCUAUUUUAACGGACGCUCAGAGUCCCAUCACUUGGGCGGUUUUCAGAAAUAAGUUCUAUGAGGAGUACUUUCCAGACAGCGUUCGUUACGCUAAGGAAGUUGAGUUCCUUCAACUGGUGCAAGGAGCAAGGUCUGUGUCGGAGUAUACCAACACGUUCAAACACCUGUUGAGGUUCAAUACCAUGGCGACCAGUGAGGAAUGGCAGUGCAGAAAGUUUGAAAAUGGGCUGAGGAGUGAUCUAAAGGUGUUAAUCUCCAGCCUAUGUAUUCGGUCAUUCCCUGCAAUGGUUGAGAGGGAAAAAGUAUUGGAGAAGAACAUGGUUGAAGCCGAACAACAGAAGAAACAACAGGCAUCACGGGGAUCAAUUCUGUCGAGAAAAAAUUUGAAUAGGAACAGGACGCCGUACGCCCAUCCAGCUCAGUCUAGUGGCUCUCAAGCUUUAGUGGUUGCUGGACAAUCAGGACAACAGGGAACGGUCAAAUGUUUUCAAUGUGGGGGACCUCAUUUUAGAUCCAUAUGCCCUCAGUUGGUCGGAGGAAAAUAUUGUACCCGGUGUAGAAGGAAUGGCCAUCUGGAGAACGAAUGUAAUAUGAGCGGACGUGCUGUUAUGAGGCCACCGAACGCUGGAAGGAUCCAGCAAGGGAGAGGUGGGCGAGCCCAAGCUGUUGGGCGUGUGUAUGCAAUUACGGGGGCGGAAGCAGCAAACUCAGGUACACUUAUCACCAGCACGUGCUUGUUAUAUGGAAUGCAAUGUUGUAUGUUGUUUGACUCGGGGGCAACACACUCCUUCAUCUCGAAGGCGUGCAUUGAGAAAUUGGGGUUAACGGAGAGUGAAAUGCAGUUUGACUUGGUGGUGUCAACCCCAGCUGCUGGUGAGGUUAGGACGUCUACCAUGUGCGUUAGAUGUCCUAUUGAGGUAGAAGGGCGUAGAUACAAGGUGAACCUCAUAUGUUUGCCUCUCAAAGACUUAGAAGUAAUUUUAGGAAUGGAUUGGCUGACUACCAAUCACAUUCUCCUAGACUGCGGCGCCAAAGAAUUGAUCUUUUCGGAAGAUGAUGAAGAAGACUUGGGUGUGACACUCGGCCAGUUAAAAGAAGAUAUUAUGGAAGGCGCGAGUUGUUUUCUAAUUAUGACACACGAAGACAGGGAGGCUGGAACUAUAAGUUUUGAACAAUCGUCCAACAACAGGCACAGUAGAGGACGAUCGUUGUAG